CCCGCUGGACUGGGAACAUGGCGCGGCCGCCGGCGAGCCUCGGGGCCCAGGCGCCGGGUCCCGACCGAGGGGAAGCCAACGUGGUGACGCGGGUGUCGCAGUGGGCGGACAGCCACCUGCGCCUUGUCCAGAACAUCAGCACUGGAAUGGCCAUAGCGGGGAUGAUAUUGCUAAUAAGAAGUGUUAGACUGACAUCCAAAUUUACGACCUCUUCAGAUAUUCCAGUAGAAUUUAUAAGAAAGAAAGUUAAGCUUCGUGGCCGAUUACACCGGAUAACUGAAUGUGGUCUAGAAAUUGAACAUAUCCCCAUUAGUUUACCUCUUAUAUCUUCGUGGAAACAAGAACCCCGUGGGGUUUUGCUGGUUAAGCUGGCUGGAGUAGAACUCACUGAAACCGGCAAGGUGUGGUUACAGAAAGAGCUAAAACCUUCCCAGCUACUAUGGUUCCAGCUUCUUGGAAAGGAGAAUUCGACACUCUUUUGCUACCUUUUAGUGAAAAAGGGUGGAUAUUUUAAUGUGAAUCUGAAUGAGGAGAUUUUGAGAAGAGGCUUGGGGAAAACCAUUCUUGUUAAAGGCCUAAAUAAUGACUCCAAAACCCACUGGAAAAUCCACCGAAACCUACUUAAGGCUGAAUUGAAAGCCUUAAAAAAAGGAGAAGGAAUAUGGAAGGAAGAAUCUGAAAAAGCAAGUUAUUUUGUAAAAUUCAAAGAUUCCUGGAGAGAGCGAUGGAAAAAGGACAAUUAUUUAAAAACAGCCAGACCAGAUUUCAACUUGACCAAAGAGAGUUAUUAUGACAGGUUUCAGAGGGCUUGUGGAAGCUGGAAGGACAGCAUGGGCAACUACUCUUUAGUUUUGAAACUCAGAGAACUUGUGAGCCGCUUACACUUUAGGAAAAAAGGAUGAAGCAUCUGCGAAGUCUAGAGAUGACCUCUUAAACAGUGAAAAGCGUAACUGCAUGACCACUUUUCAUUGAGUGAAAACGGAAAUUUCUUCAGGUGACCAAACUUUCAGUCUAGUGGUACUUGACAAAACCAUUGUUAACAUCGGAAUCCAUUUGAACGACUUAUUAUCAAUGUAAAAAUGACACACUGUAAAAAGGUCUCUGGGAGAAGGAUGUGUAUAUAUAGAACUGAUGUUUUGCUUUGUCCUUCUUCCUCCCUGUUCCCUAGUGCCAGGGACUGAACUCAGGGCCCAGGCACUCAGGACUACUGAGCUACAUUGCCAGCCCUGAAGUGCUAAUGUCUGAAGAGAAAGUUGAAGUAUUGACUGUUACAUUAGUUAUUUGGGGCAGCCGUAUUUAAUAUUGGUUUUUUAAUGUUAUCAACUUUAUAAUAAAGGAAUUUU